AUCGCUGAGUUCCUGAGGUGACGUCAUUAGUUUGUUGAUUGUUAUUAAUUUGCUAAUAAGGGGAACAUUUUCUAAAUUUAAUAAUCAAACAAUGUGUGUUAAUUAUAAUUUGAGUUAUAAUUAGCAUGUGUUUUUCAAACUGACCUCCUUUUCCUUGUUGCAUUCAGCCUGCAGUCGGUCAGUCAGGGGGAACGUCUAUUAAUACCACCAGUUGGUGUGUUGUAAACUAGAACGAGGACGAGGCUCUGUGCAGAAGACGGUUGGUGUGGCUGUGACAUGGCCUGCAGAGCCGACCCUGAGCUGACACGUCAGAGCUUUAAAUUCACAGUUCUCUCUGAACAGAUAAACCAACUUGAGGAGGACGAAUCUGCUUUACACGAGACAGACUCUGCCCCUGAUGUAAUUCCUGAUGCUUGUCUACAGGUAGAAAGAGAGAUUUUUUAUGUCAACCGUCGACAACUGGCCCGCCAGAGUCCCUACUUCAGGGCUCUGUUUUUUGGCUGUGGCCUCGAGAGCAGCAAAUGGAGAGUUGAGAUCAAAGGUGUGAGUCUGCAGCAUUUCAGGGUUUUAAUGGAAUACAGCAAAACAUCUAAUCUAGCUUUGGGCAGAGAAAAUGUUCUGGGGAUCCUUGAGACAGCAGACUUCUUACAACUGGAGCGAGCCAGGCUGCUGUGCUGCAAGUUCCUGGAGCGGGAGCUGCACCUCAGUAACUGUCUGGGGAUGAUGGCCUACGCCUGGCGGCUGGGCUGCACUCAGCUCUACAACGCAGCACGACACGUGGUACUCACACACUUCUCUGCUAUUGCUGCUGAAGAGGACUUCCUGUCCCUGUCUAAGGAGAGCGUAGCAGACCUUCUUGCCUGUGAUGACCUCGCCAUCCACAAAGACGAUCUGGCCCUGGAGGCCACCCUACGCUGGGUGUCAUUCGACCCAAAACGAGAGGAACAUUUUCUGGAGCUCAUUCAGCUGGUGAGGCCGGAGUCGCUCUCUUUACCGUUCAUCACUGAACUUUUGAUGAAAAUGAAAAGCUGUGACCCCAGAGCCAAGUUCAUCUGCAUGCUGAACGAACAUCUCCCUACAUCCUGGUCAAUGGGCCGGUCACUGACGAGGCCCAGGGCCAGGGAGACCCUCUUUGUUGUGGGUGGACCUCAUGAUCAGGAGCAGCAGCCGCUCUAUCAGUUUCACCCUCUCAGUGGAAGAUGGCAGAGCUGCCCCCCUCUGCAGAGGAAGAACCUCACGCAGUACUCGGUAGCUGCAGUAGGAGACAAUGUGGUUGUGACAGGCGGAUACUUCCGGGACGUGCUGUGGUUCAGUGCGGACUGGGUCAGGAUAUAUGAAUGUGGGAACCAGCGCUGGGUGGACGGGCCGGCCCUGCAGAAGUCCAGGCACAGCCACUGCUCCGUAGGGCUGGACUCGGUGCUGUAUGUCCUGGGGGGCAGCGUGGAUGAAGGGCUGAUGGCCGAUGUAGAGAGGCUGGUCCUGGGCUCAGAGGAGUGGGAGGAGGUCAGCCCCAUGGUGCGGGCUGUGGAGAGGGCGGCCGCUGCGGCUCUGGGCUCGUGCAUCUACGUGGCGUGUGGCCUGGAUGAAAACGGGGAGGUGUACGGAGGAAUCCAGAGGUACACGGUGAAGGAGGAUCAGUGGGACGUCGUCUCAUAUUCUCCAUUUCCACGAUAUGACCUGGUAGCCACAGAGCUCAACGGCGCCCUCUACCUGUUUGGAGGCCAAUCCUUGCGUUUUGACGUGGAGACAGACGAGUGGACGGUGCAGGAGGAGGAAUGUCUGGACAGGAAGUUCUUCUGCGGCUGCACAACAGUCAGCGGGCAGAUGUACCUGCUCAACGAGAGGAAGAGCAACAAAGCAUUCCCCAACAUGGUGCUGAUGGACCCCUACAUAGACACGUGCAUUGAGGUGGACGACGCCAUCCCCUGCCCUGUGCCCCUCAGAGGGUGUGUCACCAUGAGGAUGGUCACGUGACGGGAGUACAUUUACUCAAGUACUGUAUUUAAGUUCACAUUUGAGGUACUUGAGUAUUUUCUUUCUACAUUUCAGUUACUUUACAAAUGAAGACUUCUGCGUAUAAAACACAGACUUAUACUUGCUUAUAAAAUACUUACAACACUU